UCGUUCCAUGGCCUUGCGCUUCAUCUCGCACUCUUGUCACUUGUCCACUUGUGCUCCUCGUCCCUCCCUCUUCUCCAGCAGCGCUCCCCCGCCGCCGCCACCACCCAGGAUUGGGCUUCGAUUGAAGGACGUUCCUUGCUGCCUCCGAAAUGUGGUCUCCCCGAGAGCUUUCAUGUCGGCAACCGAGGCUUAUGGGGCGGAUCAGAUUCAGGUUCUAGAAGGCCUAGAGGCUGUUAGAAAGAGGCCCGGAAUGUAUAUUGGGGACACCGGAUUUCGCGGUCUUCAUCACUUGGUCUAUGAAAUACUAGAUAAUGCUGUUGAUGAGGCUCAAGCGGGAUAUGCUUCAAAGGUUGAGGUCAUUUUACUAGCGGACAAUUCUGUGAGCAUCACAGACAAUGGCCGUGGGAUACCUACUGAAAUGCACCCUGUAACCAAGAAAUCUACAUUGGAGACUGUGUUGACGGUUUUGCAUGCCGGUGGAAAGUUUGGUGGUUCAAGUAGUGGCUAUAGUGUGUCCGGUGGAUUACAUGGUGUGGGUUUAUCCGUCGUUAAUGCCUUAUCUGAGGCACUAGAAGUUACUAUUUGGCGUGAUGGAAUGGAAUAUCGGCAAAAGUAUUCUCAUGGAAAGCCUGUGACAACUCUCUCUUGUCAUGUGCUUCCAGUUGAAUAUAAAGAAAGACAAGGAACACGAAUCAGAUUCUUGCCUGACAAACAAGUAUUUAAAACUCUUGAUCAGUUGGACUACCACACAAUUGCUGGAAGAAUUAGGGAGCUGGCAUUUUUAAACCCUAAUCUCAUGAUCACUCUAAGACAAGAGGAUACGAAUCCAGAGAAAGUCCAGCAAAAUGAGUACUUCUAUGUGGGGGGUUUGGUUGAAUAUGUUAAAUGGCUAAAUACUGAUAAGAAAGCUCUUCAUGAAGUGGUGGGUUUCAGAAAAGAAGUAGAUGGAAUCACUAUUAAUGUAGCUCUCCAGUGGUGUUCUGAUGCAUAUUCAGAUACAAUGCUAGGGUAUGCGAAUAGCAUACGUACUGCUGAUGGAGGAACCCAUAUUGAUGGACUGAAAGCUUCAUUAACAAGAACACUGAAUAACCUUGGGAAGAAGUCGAAGCUUAUCAAGGAUAAAGAUAUUACCUUAAAUGGUGAGCAUGUAAGAGAAGGACUGACAUGUGUAGUUUCAGUCAAGGUUCCCAAUCCAGAGUUUGAAGGCCAGACAAAGACUAGGUUGGGAAAUCCGGAGGUGCGGAGAGUAGUUGAUCAAUCUCUUCAAGAGUAUCUUACAGAGUACUUGGAGUUACAUCCUGAUGUACUGGAUUCAAUCCUUUCCAAGUCCUUAAAUGCUCUCAAGGCAGCUCUUGCUGCAAAGAGGGCAAGGGAACUAGUCAGACAAAAGAGUGUUUUGCGUUCAUCUUCUCUCCCAGGAAAGCUAGCUGAUUGCUCAUCAACCAAUCCUGAAGAAUCUGAAAUCUUUAUAGUUGAAGGAGAUUCAGCUGGUGGAAGUGCAAAGCAAGGUCGCGAUAGGCGCUUUCAGGCAAUUCUUCCACUGAGGGGUAAAAUCCUGAACAUUGAAAGGAGGGACGAGGCAGCAAUGUAUAAAAAUGAAGAGAUUCAAAAUCUGAUUCUUGGACUUGGACUUGGGGUGAAGGGCGAGGACUUUAAAAUGGAGGCUCUGCGUUACCAUAAGAUUAUCAUCUUAACAGAUGCCGAUGUGGAUGGUGCUCAUAUCCGAACUCUGCUACUGACAUUUUUCUUCAGAUAUCAGAGAGCCUUAUUUGAUGAGGGUUGCAUAUAUGUUGGUGUUCCACCCUUUUACAAGGUCGAAAGGGGAAAGCAAGCAUAUUAUUGCUAUGAUGAUGCUGAACUUAAAAAGCUUCAGAGUUCCUUCCCUUCAAAUGCAUCGUAUAAUAUACAACGGUUCAAAGGCUUGGGAGAAAUGAUGCCCACGCAAUUAUGGGAAACAACAAUGGAUCCUCAAAAAAGGCUGCUGAAACAAUUAGGUGUGGAUGAUGCUGCUGAGGCUAACUUUGUCUUUUCCUCCCUUAUGGGUUCUCGGGUGGAUUUUCGGAAGGAGCUCAUUCAAAAUGCUGCACGCAUGAUCAACCUUGAUCAGUUAGAUAUUUAGGGAAUCAUCAAUCAUGGGAAGACAUUCCCUUCCUGCAGUGAUGAAACAAAGGCAUAUCUUUUUUAUAAUUUUUGUGAUUCAGUGUUGUACAACUCAUUAUGGGAAUAUGCAAAGAUGUAUCACUAGGAAUAUCAUGGAAAAGCCAGUUUUUGUUGCUG